GUCUGGCGCGGUUGUCAAACAGGCCGCAAAUUGGAUUUUGUUGCUGGGGAGGUGUCCUUUCACCUCGCUGCCAGUGCUAGCUAACGGCGUUAGCCAGCUUGCUUUCUGAAAUGUGGGUUUGCUUGGGCUUGUCACAGGCACUUAGAGCUAGUGCAUAAGGAAAGGACAAGCUCUAAUGGAAAACCGUUUAUCCAAUUGGAUAUAGCUAGCUCAGUUGAUCUAGCAAAAAUAUAUCCCGUCUUCGAAGGCAUGGCCGUGGACUUGUGUGCUGCUCGGAACAGCACCCGAAGAAAAAUGGAUUCGGCAGGGGUUGGUGAAGGGACAAUGGAGAUAGUGCCUUUGGAAAUGUACGACUCAGCCAGAGCCAAAAUAGACGCGAACCUAAGGUGGCUGUUCGCCAAAGCAUACGGCAUCGACCACAUCCCGGAGGACCUGCGGGACCCCUUCUACACAGACCAGUACGACCAGGAGCACAUCAAGCCCCCCGUCAUCCAGAUGCUGCUGUCGGGCGAGCUGUACCGCCGCGUGUGCGCCCUCAUCCUGAAGACGGGCCAGGCUGCCGCGCUGCAGUCGCACCUCUCCGUCAUCCAGGCGCUCGCCCGCAGGGGCAUCUACGUCACCGAGGGCGACGGCUCUCCCGUGGCCGAGGACGACCUGGCUGGCAUGCCCAUCAAGAUGAGCGCCCACAUCCCCAUGAUCGACGCCCUGAUGAUGGCCUACACGGUGGAGAUGAUCAGCAUCGAGAAGGUGGUGGCCUGCGUCAAGCGCUUCUCCACCUUCAGCGCCUCCAAGGAGCUGCCCUUUGACCUGGAGGACGCCAUGGUCUUCUGGAUCAACAAGGUCAACAUGAAGAUGAGGGAGAUCACCGAGAGGGAGCUCAAAGCCAAGCAGCACCCGCUGGACUCCCCCAGCCACCACAAGGUGCGGUACCGCAGGGAGCAGGGCUCGGGGCGCCAGCUGUCCUACUUCCCCCUGCUGGAGGACCUGAUGAGGGACGUGUGUGACGGCGCAGCGCUGCUCACCCUGGUCCACUAUUACUGCCCCGACCUCAUGAAGCUGGACGACAUCUGCUUGAAGGAGGUGACCUCGAUAGCAGACAGCCUUUACAACAUCCAGCUGCUCAAGGAGUUUGCCAACGAGUAUCUCAACAAGAGCUUCUACCUGAGCAUGGAGGACAUGCUCUACGCCCCCAUGGUGCUGAAGCACAACGUCAUGGUGUUCAUCGCCGAGCUCUUCUGGUGGUUCGAGACGGUCAAGCCGGACUUUGUCCAGCCCAGGGACGUCCAGGAGCUGAAAGACGUCCGAGCCAUAACUCAGCCGAAGAGUGCCCGUCCCACGGUUCCCAUCUCCAACGCCACCAAGCGGAGCUUCCUGGUCACGCCGGGGAUCUGCGAGGCCUCGCUCUCGGCCCAGAGCAGCCCAGAGGUCUGUAACAGGUACUUCCUGCACCCCGAAGACUCGGAGCAUCUUCCCAAAGGGGGUUCAGCCUUCAGCCCCUCUCACCCUCUCCUCCCGCUGAGACAGAGACAGCAGAAACAACACGGAGACGAUGCCUCUGGCCUCAGACUCCGUUCCAACUCCCUGACCCAUGCGGAGGGUCAGUCCAGGGGUGCAGGCGUGGUCUGCUCUGACAGGAGACCCAGGCCGAUGUCCACUUUAAACCCCCACAUUUUCCACUCUGCCACUGACAGCGAUGUCGACGUGGCCUCUGGAGACAGCGUGAGCCUGGCCCGCUCCAUCAGCAAGGACAGCCUGGCGUCCAACGUCGUCAACGUCACGCCCAGGCACCAGACCCCGCAGGUCCCCCAGGCCCACCAGAUCCCCCAGGCCCAGACGGGCCCUUGGAGGGUCAACGGCCACAGCCUGCUGGCCAACGUCAGCAUGGAGGACCAGGAGGUGGAGGAGCUGGUUGUGGCGCCCCCUGCUGUGCAGCCCGGCGUUCCCACGUCCGGCGCCGCCGGGUCGACGCCGUCGCCCUCUGAGACCAAAACGGACAGCUUUUACCUAGAACCACUAAUGCCUGCCGUGUUGAAACCGGCGAAAGAGAAGUCCGUUUGUCUGAACAAGGAGGAGGAGAGUGGGGAGGCCCGAUCUCUGGGGAGGGGCUUUCUACGGAGAGGAGAGGGGCCGGUGGCUGCAGCCAGGAGGAAAGCCCCCAUCAGCCUUAACCAGACCUUUACCCCCACAACGAGCAGCGAAUUGAGUCUGGUUGAAGAGCUGUCCCUGGAGGGUUCUCCGGCAGCCCCAGGGCCUCUCAGACCCUCGUCCCCCAGUGGCGCGGACCCUUCCUCCAGGGAGCCGGCCGAGGGCUUCUACCUCCACUCGGACCAGGAGGAGUCCGUUCAGGACCUGGAGCUGGAGGAUGUGGACGAGGAAGACCUGGACGAGGCUCUCACCAUCAAACACCCGCCCCUGUCCAGGAAGGCCUUCGAGGAGGACGAGGAGUCGGCCAAGCUCCAGGCGGACAUGAACGUGAAGGAGCACCAGGACAAGGACGGGGGCAGCGGGCGCUCCAGCCCCUGCCUCAGCGCCCACUCGCAGGCCAGCAGCCUGGCCAGCGGCGCCGUGCGCAUGACCUCCUUCGCCGAGCGCAAGGCCCACCAGCAGCGCUUCGGCAGCAGCCACGACCUGCGCUCCAGCGCCUCCAGCUCCCAGAGGACCACGCCGGACGGCUCCGAGUGCAGCGGGCCCCUCAGCCUGGGCUCCUCCUGGAGGCUGAAGAGGGACCAGAGCCCCUCCUCACCGCAGGGGGCCCGGCUGGGCGGCGGCGAUGCCGGCGGUGGAGGAAUCAACAUGCUAGCCUCGGAGCUGGUGCAGCUCCACAUGCAGCUGGAGGAGAAGCGCCGGGCCAUCGAGCACCAGAAGAAGAAGGUGGAGUUGCUGUCAGCCAGGCAGAGGCAGAAGCUGGGCAAGGCCGCGUUCCUCCACAUCGUCAAGAAGGGCAAGAGCGACACGCUUCCCGGCCCGCUCAAGGCGGCCGAGCCGCGGCCCAGGGAGGAGCCCGGCGCCGACGGAGGGAGCGGAUCCCUGGACGACUUGCGCGCGGGCGCGCUGAGGCGGGCCCCAUCGCCGGGCCGCUUGGAGUCGGAGAAGGGCGAGGAAGAACUGGAUCUGAACGAGUGCAACCGCUCCAUCGACAUGCUCAACGAGGCCAUCGGCAGCAUCCAGCAGCAGAUGAUGCAGCUGUCCCUUCAGCAGGACCUCCUCAUGAGGCAGAACGCGCAGCCCCCCCCCGCCGUCACGACCGCCGACAAGGCCGGCGACCCCAAGGUCAACCCCGCCGUCCACUUCGUCGAUUCGGGAGUCGCCCCUUUCCGGAAACCACCCAAGCUGAGCUCAGCCAGGGGCGCCAGGUCCAAACCCUCGGAGCUGAAGCUGGCUAAGGAACAGGGCCGGCAGGCGUCGCGGGCCCUCACCCCCACCCAGAGCCUGGACGCCGGGCCUCACCCGAGGCUGCACCCCGGGGGGCGCUCCCCCAGGACGGAACACCCCAGAGCCGGCUCCGCCGGAGGGACAAUCAGCACAGCGGAAAAAGCCGGCGGCCAUCUUCAAGGCUCCACCUUCCGGCUUCACGACGAGGCUAACAUGCGUCUGCCGGCGCGAGUCGACCUAGCGACCGUCGCCACCCCCGAAGUGUCCUUCGACGAGUGCCUGUCCAGCACGCUCAGGGAGUCUGAGCUCAACUCCUCGGACGGCUCGGGGAAGGAGAACGUGCCGGAAGAAGAGGCGGCGGCACGCAGCAAGGCCCACCUGAUCGAGGUGGACCUGUCUGACCUGAGGGACCCCGAGGAGGACGGGGGCCAGGUGGGGCACAACGGCACUGCCGAGGGAGGCGACGGGGAACAGAAGUCUGGCUUGGGCUUCUUCUUCAAGGAUGAACAGAAGGCGGAGGACGAACUGGCGAAGAAGCGAGCGGCCUUUCUCCUGAAGCAGCAGAAGAAGGCCGAGGAGGCCCGUCUACGUAAACAACAGCUGGAGGUUGAGACCGAGUUCAAACGCGACGAGGUCAGGCGCAAGGCCGAGGAGGACCGUCUCAGGAAGGAGGAGGAGAAGACCAGGAGGGAGCUCAUCAAGCAGGACUACCUCCGGAGGAAGCAGAAGGAGAUGUUUGAGGAGCAGGGCGUCGCCAAGCCCACCAAGCCCUCCAAGAAACAGAGACCCAAGGCCGUCCUCAGGGAGGAGUCCUCCAGCGACACCUUCUCCAAGUGCUCUUCUUCCACCCCUGACAACCUGAGCAGUGCCCAGUCUGGCUCCAGUCUGUCCCUGGCCUCGGGCGCAACCAACGAGGCUGACAGCGUCAACUCUGGAGGAGCAAGCUCUCAGCGGGGAGAAUCGGUGGAGUCGUUCCCUGGGUUGAGUCGCAAUACCAGUCGCAACACGGAGCGGGACUGGGACAACGGCUCCACGGCUUCCUCCAUCACCUCCAUGGCGGAGUACACCGGCCCCAAGCUCUUCAAAGAGCCCAGUGCCAAGUCCAACAAGCCGAUCAUCCACAACGCCAUCUCCCACUGCUGCCUGGCUGGAAAGGUCAACGAGCCCCAGAAGCUCGUCAUCCUCGAGGAGCUGGAUAAGUGUGAGUCCAACCACCUGAUGAUCCUGUUCCGGGACGGAGGCUGUCAGUUCCGCGCGCUCUACUCCUACCUCCCGGACUCGGAGGAGAUCCACAAGCUGACGGGAAACGGCCCCAAGAGCAUCGGCAAGAAGAUGAUCGACAAGCUCUACAAGUACAGCUCAGACAGGAAGCAGUUCACCGUCAUUCCUGCCAAAACGGUGUCGGUCAGCGUGGACGCCAUCACCAUCCACAACCACCUGUGGCAGGUCAAGAGGAGCACUGUGCCAAAGAAAAGUGGGAAAUAACCGAGGCGGAACCUUGUCCUGGGAGCGCAGCCCAGAAGCAACCCUUCAACCACCUUCGAUCUCCUGGAUAGAUUGCAUUGAAGUCCGCACUGCCACGAAAAACCUUCCGAGACCAAGCCACACCUGUAUAACAAGAGCGUCUGUAGCUACUUGGAAUGGUGUGUGAACAGACAGAACCAUAGGUUUUGGUUACCGAUAAGGUGGCCGUAGAUGGGAGAAGGGCAUCGACGCAGAUGAAUUCCUCCUAGAUCUUGAUGGGAUCUGUCCAGGAUGCUGUUGAGUCGUCUGGUUUUAAAUACUGACAUGAGCAUGUGGGCAUUUAGUUGUGGGUUGUUGUUUUUUUUCCUCUCAUGAUGGAUUUGUUUUUACUUGAAGUAUUUGUUGGUUUGGCAAUGAUGGUCAGGAGCUCAUCUGCAACACUACCAGUCCUCGCGUUUCUGGAAAGCGGAGGGGUGCCUGAGCUCCAACGCACCUUGGGGCUGAACCCGGGCCAGGACGUGCUGCUACAACAAUCUCUCCAGAAUGACUGUCAUCCAACAAGCAUCGCCACCUUUGCCUCACCAGUCGACUCUAAACGUGCUGCUCUGAACUGUCCCCCCCACCCACCACCCAGUUAUAUCUGUAUAACUGUAUCCCAGGACAUCCUCCCCCCCCUCCCAAGUCAUCCAUUGUUUGGCCUUCACACAUCGUGGUACUGUUGUUUAUACAUUCAACCGCUAUUAGAAGCAGAUCAGCUGUAGCACUGGUGAUUCUAGGAAUUACGAUGGUCGUUUUAAAUACUUCUAUCUCGCCUUUAACCCCUUCGCGCGGAGUUAUCGAAGGGGACCAACGAUAGUCUUUGGUACAAAAAUGUCUUUUUGAUUUGUAAGUGUGUUUUUUCAACUAAGCGGAUGUGCCGUAGUAUCCAAGCUGAUGCGUGUUUCGUCACAACACUAGAGUUAUUCGUGUUUCUCCACCGGGCACUGUCCUGUAGAAAGGUGCACUCAUCACGUUUCAAAGGCUUCCAUCAUGCAAUCUUAACUCCUUCAUUCCUUCUCUCCAUGAGCUGCCUGCUGUCUGCUAGCUCUCUGAGAGGCUGGGCUGCAGCAUAUUUAUAAUGGGUUACUCUGUGCUGGACUGUGGCUUAAUUAUUUACCCACAUUAAAGAACAUUCCUGAAAGGUGUCCACGAACACUGCCACUGUCGAUGUGUCUAUUCAUGUGUGCUUUAGAACCCUGCGUUAGCGACAAGAGCAACUGAGUGUUGCACUCGUGCACUUUAACUGCUGAUAAAAGUAGAAUUUGAUGAAGCUGGUCGGCUUUUGGUUAUCAAACUAAUGUAGACGGUAUCGUAAACUGAACUGCGGUGCGCUCCAACCCAGAACGCAGCCUGCUGCAACACUGCAUUCAUAACACUGACUAGUAAACUGAAAGGGCCUCCUUUCGAGAACUACCGCUGUUUCCAAAAAACGUAGAAUACUUGAUUAUAAUUUGGUUUAUUUUUUUAUACAUCCUUUUGUGUGUCUUGUUUACUAAAAGAUUGUAUUGGGAUUGAUCACCAUUUUUGUUACACUAGUGUAAUUUUCAUCCUUGAUUUUAACAUUUCUUUUAUACCAUAACAUAUAUUUAUUUUUAAAAGAAAGCACUGAAACUGAAUAAACUUUCAAAAAAGAAAACACCCAAAAAAACCACUUUCAUUUCUUUUCAUUUCCCACAUUGUAUGUUUUCAACUGUACCGUUUUUUGCAUAAUUUCAGAUCCCAUUUCAAGCAUGUUAACACGUCACCAAACACCCAGAUGCAUACUUAGUUUUGGCGCUUCAGAAAACACAUGCAACCUGUUCCAGUGUGGAGGAUGGACAUGGGUUACACCCAG